AUAGUGUUAAGAUGUAGCAAUGUUAAAUGUGGUAAUAUUUAAUGUAAUGGCGUUUUUAACGGUGGCACAUAAUUCAUUACACGUGCACACCGAGCAGCGGCUGCAGCGCUACCAGACGCGCUGCACGCGCCGGUUCACGCCCGGCGCGUGCAUCGGCCACGUGGCGGCCGUAUGGACCUACGAGUUCCAUAUACAGAACUGCACUGAGAGAUUAGGUUGUCCAGACGCAUUGCGUACAAACCGUUUCAAGAGUUACCGCCACUGCAUCAACAGAUGUCGCUCGCUCAUCGAUAUGUACUCCCAUAUACUGGCGAUGGAUACUGAGCGUAACUACAGUGACCAGAGCUUUUUGCGAACUCCAGUUGGUAGAAGAGAAGGUACAGAGCUUCGAGAAAUUUUUAAGGGAGAGCCUUACAACGAAGAUAAUGAGGAUCCUGAUGACAACGACAGUGGAGAUGAGCCAAUAUACAAUCCAACAGUAAUGUCUGAGGAUGAAGAUACUAUAGCUCGCAGGGAACUCAUCCCACCAGAUAUUGAUAAUAUUGAUGACACCUAUUUGAGUGUUUAAAUGAUGACAUUAUUAGACACGAGAUAUAUUUUUUUAUACAACGUAGAUGGCAAACAAGUAUACAGCCCCCGUCUGAUGGUAAACCGAUAUUGUAGCCUAUGGACACCUGCAAUACAAGGGGUGUCACGUGCGUG